AGCUGGGUCGUAUUUCCUUGUGCUUGUGUGUGAUACUGUACUUUGACCAACCCUCCCAGCUUCACUGUUAUUCUGUGCUCAGAUAUUCCAGCAUCACUUUUGAAGACAGAAUUUGAACUCUCAAUUGGAUUCUAUUGAGGGUUGGACUCAUCACUGAGACAUACUGAAUAGAAAACAAGGAUAUGCUUCUACGUAAAAAACCCAGAUAAACCUGGAAAGCAUAAUGGGACCCCUUACAAGUAUUGAUGUCUUUGCUUGUGUCUUUACUUUCACGCUAUGGAAUAAUAUCCAUCCAACUGUGGGAAACGAAUUUAUUGCUAAUUAUUCAAGCAGUUUGCUAACUGAUGUUCCAGAAAACAUUCCAGUCUAUACUCAUGUAUUAGAUUUGUCACAUAACAGGAUUUCUGGACUUGGUCUCUCAGAUUUUGUUUCUCUUUCUGAUCUUCAGGUAUUAAAUCUUUCUUAUAAUCUAGUUACAGAGCUUAACUUUAGUGUCUUCAUUUUUAAUGAAGAUUUAGGAUACUUAGAUUUAUCUCAUAAUAACAUUUUGAAAGUUUACUGUCAAACUCUUGUGUAUCUUAAACAUUUAGAUCUUUCUUUCAAUAAGUUUACUGCUGUGCCUAUCUGUCAGGAAUUCGGGAACAUAGUUUGUUUGGAGUACCUAGGAUUAAGUGCCACGAUGAUACAAAGGUCAGACUUCCAGUAUAUAACGCAUUUGCAGCUGCACACUGUCUUUCUAACAUUAGAAGACUUUUCCCUGUAUGAGCCUCAGAGUCUGACAGCCUUGAACACAAGAAGCCUCCACAUUGUGUUUGCAGCAAACCGAAACUUCAGUUUUCACCUAUUGUAUGAUGGAAUGAGCACUUCAGAAAACUUAAAAAUAGUUAAUUUAAGAUAUACCUUGAGCUAUAAAGAUUUCCCCUCUCCUUCUUUAACGCUUCUGAAGGAAAUCAAGACAACAGCUCUCAUGCUUGACACUGUGGAUUUACAGUGGCCUAUAAUUUUGCAGAUUUUCCUGCUUAUUUGGUACUCACCUGUGGAGCAUUUGACUGUGAGAAAUUUGACUUUUCAGGGACCACUGGGGGAGCUGAUUGAUUAUGACUUUCUACCCUUAUUAAGAUCUACGGAACAAUUAAUCUCGUUGGGUGGCUCCAUGAAAGUACUAACGUUGGAACAUGUUCGUAAUAAGGUUUAUUAUUUCAACCAGGAGAUACUAUACAGACAGUUUUCAGAAAUGAAUAUUGCCAGUUUGACAAUAUACGAUGCAUAUAUGCCACACAUGCUUUGCCCCAACAGAACAAGCUCAUUUCAGUAUUUAAAUUUUUCUCACAAUGCCCUGACAGAUGAGCUAUUCCAGAAUUGUGGCACUCUGACAGAUUUAAAAUUACUUAUUUUGCAGAGGAAUAAAUUUGAGAGCCUUCUCAAGGUCAGCUUCAUGACCAGCCGUAUGAAAUCACUGAAAUACCUGGACAUGAGCAGCAACUUGCUGCGUCACAAGGGAGCUGGCACGCAAUGCCAAUGGGCUGAGUCUCUGACAGAGUUGGACCUGUCCUCAAAUCAGUUGACGGAUGCUGUGUUCGAGUGCUUGCCAGUCAACAUCCAAAAUCUCAACCUCCAAAGCAAUCAGAUCAGCAGUGUCCCCAGGGGAAUGGCCAAGCUGAAAGCCUUGACAGAGCUGAACUUGGCAUUGAACCAUCUGGCUGACCUGCCGGGGUGCGGCAGCUUUACGUCCCUGGAGUUCCUGAACGUAGAGAUGAAUUCGAUCCUCACCCCAUCUGCCGACUUCUUCCAGAGCUGCCCGAGGGUCAGGGAGCUCCAAGCCGGACAGAACCCGUUCAAGUGCUCGUGUGAACUGCGAGACUUUAUCCGUGGGGAGAGGCAGUCUGGGGGCAGGCUGUUUGGCUGGCCGGCGGCGUACACGUGCGAGUACCCGGAGGACUUGCGAGGGAUGCAGCUGAAGGACUUCCACCUGAGCGAGCUGGCUUGCAACACGGCGCUGCUCCUUGUGACAGCUCUGCUGCUGACGCUGGUGCUGGUGGCUGUUGUGGCCUUCCUGUGCAUCUACCUGGACGUGCCGUGGUACGUGCGGAUGACGUGGCAGUGGACGCAGACGAAGCGGAGAGCUUGGCACAACCACCCUGCAGAGCAGGAAACCGUUCUGCAGUUUCAUGCCUUCAUUUCAUACAGUGAGCGUGAUGCAUUGUGGGUGAAGGACGAGCUGAUCCCAAACCUGGAGAAGGGCGAGGGCUGCGUACAACUGUGCCAGCACGAGAGGAACUUCAUCCCUGGCAAGAGCAUUGUGGAGAACAUCAUUAACUGCAUUGAGAAGAGCUACAAGUCAAUCUUUGUGCUGUCUCCCAACUUUGUGCAGAGCGAGUGGUGUCACUAUGAGCUGUACUUUGCUCACCACAAGUUGUUCAGUGAGAAUUCCAGCAGCUUAAUCCUCAUUUUACUGGAGCCGAUCCCUCCCUACAUUAUCCCUACCAGGUAUCACAAGCUGAAGGCUCUGAUGGCAAAGCGAACCUACCUGGAGUGGCCGAAGGAGAGGAGCAAGCGUGCCCUUUUCUGGGCUAACCUGAGGGCGGCUAUUAACGUUAACCUGCCAAUAUCUGUUGAAGCAGAUGAGGAGCAGAGUGAUGUUACUUCUACCAGUAGUAUAAGUCAGUAUGAAAAUAAAUGACUGUCUUGCAUUAAAUUAUGUUAAUGAUUUUUUGUAGUCUUUUACAGUAUUCCUAGUUAGUAGCAAAAUGUAAUUUUGUAAUGUAAUGUAAAUGUAAUACAGAAAUUGCUAUUGCUUAUUCCUGGUUAAGGGUUGAAAGUCAGAGCCAUUAAUCCUUGUUAAACAUUAUUCUCCCUUCUUUGUACUAAUCAUUCCCACUUACCUAGAUCUACCUACCUAGUUAUGAUUUCAUAGAAUUCACUAUUCUUUGUCUUCAAAAUACUAACUGAAUUUAGGAAAUGUUUUUAGUAUGAUACUGCUGCUUUUUGCCAUGAUCAUAUCAAGCUAUAUGGGGAGCUCAUUUUUCCUGUUUUCUAAAUAUAGAAGCUUUAUGUUUGGAGAUGAAUCCCCUUUUACUUUCACUGAACUCUGUUGCCUUGCCCUUCCAAUCAUCAUGCAUGUGAGAAAAAGCAGUUUUCGUUGGUAAGUACCUUCUCUGCUAAAAUCAAUCUGAUUAAACUAACGGUAUUU